AUGAGCAUCCUCUCAGCUCUUCGCCACACUUCGCAGCACGGGUCGCUUCUCCCGCGCCGCUUCUUCUCGAUCCCCAGCUCUCGCCCACUUGCGCUCGUGGUCGCCCGGCACAAGCUAGCGCCAGAAGCACCGGACCGCUUUUACUUCCACUACAGCAACCCGAUCGACUGGCCCCUUGUGCUCCAAGACGAGCUGGGACUCCCACGGACCCCGAAGGUCCUCAGCGUCUUUAGCUCGUUCAGUGGCGAGUCGGAUCCGGGCGUCCCAGCGACCUUCAACAUUUCGUACGACAAGCUCAUGGACACCAAGGCGUACUUUCAGGAACAGGAAAGACGCUACAACGAGCUCAUGGCUGCUUUCAAGAAGAACGGCCAGAUUCGUGAUGCACACAUCAAGGCUCGCGAUGCAGAGAUGGCAAUCCUUUUGAGAGAUGCAAAGGACUUGCGCGAGAGAUGGGCAGCGCUCGAGCACGAGCGCGAUCUCGACGAGCUCGGCGACUUUGCCGUUCGAUACUGCGAGUUUAAGAUCGCCUCGCAGCCACGUGCGCCGACGGUGAGCGCAGGGAAGAAACGCAAGUCGAAGAAGAGCAAGAAGUCAUCGAAGCACGCCAACGGUCACUCUCUGGUACCUACUGUGCGUCCAAGCAACGAAUGGGUCUUUCGUCCCUACCGCUACACGAAGCUCUGCGAGAUCAUCGCCAAGCUGACACCAGAUGAUUUUCCGGAUCAACCCGACGCCAAGCUCGUCUUUCAAGCAGGGCUCGAGGAGUUUGAGCGCUUUGCCACCGAGGCUCAGAAGCGAUUCUCGCUGCUUUAAAAGGUCCAACGAGGCGCAUUUACG